CGCCGGCCGCCCUGCUCUGGGCGCAGAGCCGGGGCCCCGGAAUGUCCCGGGCCCAGCAAGCUGAGACGCCCGCUCCGCUCCUCCCGGCUUCUCUGGUGUCUACACGGCCCGAGGCUCUCCGCGUUUCGAAAUGGCCGAGCAGUCGGACCAGACUGUCAAGUACUACACCCUGGAAGAGAUCCAGAAGCACAACCACAGCAAGAGCACCUGGUUGAUUCUGCACCACAAGGUGUACGAUUUGACCAAGUUCUUGGAGGAGCAUCCUGGUGGGGAAGAAGUGUUAAGGGAACAAGCUGGAGGGGAUGCUACUGAGAGUUUUGAAGAUGUGGGACACUCUACAGAUGCUAGAGAACUGUCCCAAACAUACAUCAUUGGGGAGCUCCAUCCGGAUGACAGAGCAAAGUUAGCCAAGCCUUCGUUACACACAGAGGCCCAGCUUGGGCCCCUCAGACCAUUGGACGGGCAGGACAGUUUUAGUUUCCUUUUUCAUCAGUGUGGUAAGUGGUAAUUCAACUUGCUUUAACUCUCAGGCAUCUCUGGGUUAAGAGCCUAACAGAUAAUAAACACUCAGAAAUGUAUAUAAUCUUUGUUGUUGCUGGCAGUGAUGGUGCCCUAACAGUUUUAGCAUUAACGCUAAGGGCAGUGAUGGAAGGGGGAGGAAGGCUAGGCCAGCCUAGUUUCCAUAGAGUUGUCAGCAUGUUUGGUAAAAUCCAAGUGCUUGGUAUAACAAAAUAACAGAUCUGUGUUUGCGUUGUUUACUAUUCUGGGCUUAACUUUCUAUUGUGCUAAUAAUGUUUCACUUUCAGUGAGCCUUUGUGCUCCAGUUUCAGAACUUACUACUUCUUCUAGUAGCUGAGUAAUCAUUUCGUGUAGUCUGGUGACUUCUGGUAAUCCUUGUUACUGUUAUUCAUAUACACAAAAUUUUAAAAAUAAUCUUGCAGUAGCUAUGAAUACUUUUGUAGUCACUAAGAUUUAACAUUGCUUAAAAAGAUAAUAAAUGUGUGAAGUUUUCUUUUUAAAUGACUUAUUUUUCCCCCCUA